AUGGGCGAGAGAUUUGGACUGAGUUGGAAUGCGUCCGCUCCUGCAAAUGGAUCUAAAUUUCUUCUCACUAUCCACACGGGAAACAGCAGCCUCACGCUACUGUUGCACGCGGGCUUCCGUGAGGCGCUUACGGCCACUCCCGAGGCCGGAACAUCGAACUCGGGACUGGCCGGGGGGUGGGGUGGCUGUUCUACCCCUAUCGGCGUCGAAGCCGGGUUGCAACCACGCAGGUUGGCAGGGAUCGCGACGCGCACGCCCCGGCUACUGACCCCCUUCCUGAUGGACCCAUUU